CAUAUUGAACUUCGUAAUGAGCAUUUCGCACACGCUGUUGCUUCGGUUACAUUUCCGCAGCCGGCAUAUGGGGAGGAGGCUUCUUUUUUGUUGCGACAUGUUUUGUUUACGCGAGUCGGCUUGGUGGUGUUGACUGGCGUUCUCGAGUCCUUGCUGCAGUUCGAGUUGUCCUUUUGAGUUAAACGGUUGUGCGGUCUGGUCUCAUCGUUAGUCAAAUAAAUAUGUCGACAGCGCUACGUCGUGUGCGCAAAUAUUUCAUAUCGUCGCAGGUCUAUGAGGCACUGCGUCCAUUAUUUUUCCUCACGUUUCUGUACGGCCUGACGCCAUUCCAUGUGGUCCGUCGAAAGAUGGGCGAAUCCUAUCUGAAGAUGUCGUGUUUCGGCAUCUUUAAUAUUUUUGUUUACAUCGUUUUGUGCGGUUUCUGUUACAUCUCGUCGCUUCGUCAAGGCGAGUCCAUUGUGGGUUAUUUUUUUCGCACCGAGAUCUCCACGAUUGGCGAUCGCCUACAGAUCUUCAAUGGACUUAUUGCUGGUGCUGUAAUCUAUACAUCUGCUAUACUGAAGCGUUGCAAGCUGCUCGGCACAUUGACUAUUCUGCACAGUCUCGAUACGAACUUCUCCAAUAUCGGAAUUCGUGUAAAGUACUCAAGGAUCUUCCGCUACUCGAUUCUCUUGCUCGUCUUCAAACUACUUAUUUUGGGGGUCUAUUUCGUUGGCGUCUUUCGGCUUCUCGUCUCGCUUGGCGUUACGCCCUCCUUCUGUGUCUGCAUGACAUUCUUCCUGCAACAUUCCGUGGUAUCUAUUGCAAUUUGUCUAUUCUGCGUGAUUGCCUUUAGCUUCGAGCGACGUUUGAGUAUAGUUAAUCAGGUGCUGAAGAACCUCGCCCAUCAGUGGGACACUCGCAGUCUUAAGGCUGUCCAGAAGCAGCGUUCUCUGCAGUGCCUCGACUCAUUUUCCAUGUACACCAUUGUGACAAAGGAUCCCGCUGAAAUCAUACAGGAGUCCAUGGAGAUACAUCAUCUGAUUUGCGAGGCAGCUGCAACGGCCAACAAAUAUUUUACAUACCAACUGCUCACAAUCAUUUCGAUUGCCUUUCUGAUCAUCGUCUUUGAUGCGUAUUAUGUGCUGGAAACAUUGCUGGGCAAAUCGAAGCGAGAAAGCAAAUUCAAGACUGUUGAAUUUGUGACAUUCUUUUCAUGUCAAAUGAUACUCUAUUUGAUAGCCAUAAUUUCCAUCGUUGAGGGCAGCAAUCGGGCCAUUAAGAAGAGCGAGAAAACUGGUGGCAUUGUGCAUUCGCUGCUCAACAAAACGAAGAGCGUCGAGGUGCGGGAGAAGUUGCAGCAAUUCUCAAUGCAAUUGAUGCAUCUGAAGAUCAACUUUACUGCCGCAGGACUCUUCAACAUCGAUCGCACGCUCUACUUUACUAUUAGCGGAGCCUUAACAACUUAUCUCAUCAUUCUGCUGCAAUUCACAUCGAAUUCGCCAAACAAUGAUAAUGGCAAUGGCUACGAAUGCUGUGAGGCAUUGCACAAUAUGACCAACCAUACGCUCUAGUCGAUUAUGAUGUACUUCAUAGACGUCUGAAAGUGCUACUAAGUAACGUCAUGUGGUGUGCAGCAAAUAAUAUUAAGUGGUUUCUCUAGCAGUUGCUGUUGCUGUUACUGUUGCUUUUGCAUUCAUUAUAUUCUUGUAUGUAUGUUUAUAGAUUAAUUAUUAGCAAUAAACCGAUUAUCAUUGCAGAAAAUUAAUUAGUUAAUUGCCGGCACGCCAAUUGAAUUCCAAUUGUC